AUGGCAUCAGUCAAUCCUCUCACAACUCACAACCAACAGGAGAAACCUUCAGGAAGAAUGACACAACAUGUUGCUACCCUCAUUAAUCCAGGUCCUCCAGCAGUUUACCAACUGAACACUGAAAGAAAAUACAUUGAUGGGACUGAUAAAAAGGUCAGACAGUGGACAUAUGGACGAAGAGACAGAAACAAGCAGAAUAAAGUCAUUCUGAUUGUGGGAGAAACCGGCUCUGGGAAAACAACAAUCAUCAACACCAUGGUCAACCACUUACUGGGGGUGAAGUUUGAGGAUCAAAAGUAUUAUCAAAUCACAGAAGAAGAACAACGGGCAGAUCAAACCCAAUCCCAGACCUCUGAGAUCACAGUUUAUGAGGUGUUUGUUGAAGAAAACCCAACAUCUCUGACCAUCAUCGACACUCCAGGUUAUGGAGAUACUCGAGGACACGAGAAAGACAGAGAGGUUGCUGAAUAUCUGAGCAGAUUAUUUGCAGAUGAGGAUGGGGUUCAUUAUAUUGAUUCAGUGUGUUUUGUGAUGAAGGCGUCUCAGAAUCGACUCUCUGGAAAAGAGCUUUACAUCUUUCACGCAGUUCUGUCUCUGUUUGGUAGAGAUAUCGAGAACAACAUAGUGUUUCUGCUCAGUUAUUCAGAUGGAGGACCACCAGCAGAUGCUCUCAAUGCCAUUGAUAAAGCAGAGAUAUCGUGCAGAAGAGACAGCAGAGAAAAACCUGUUCACUUCUUAUUCAACAACCGACAGAAAGAGAAAAGGGAAGAGGAGUAUGAGCAUAUGAUCAGAUCAGCCUGGGAAAUGGGGGAGAGAAGCAUCAAUAAGUUCUUCACAGUCAUGGAAGAGAAGAACAGAAAAAGUGUUCAGAUGACGUUAGAGGUGAUGAAGGAGCGAACAAGACUUGAUGCUUUUGUCUGUAACCUGAAGGAUCGAAUCACUGAGAAGGAGAAAAAAACUGAUGAACUGACUCAGAUUCAGAAAGCUCUUGAAGAGAACAGAGACAAGAUUGUAACAAAUGAUAACUUUCAGUUUACAGUCAAUAAAGUCGUCAAAAAAAAAGUCCCCAUUGUGAAUGAAAGUUGGCGGAACAGAAAAGCAACCUGCUGCUCCGUCUGUGAGGAAAACUGCCAUGAAUGGGACUGCUUUUGGGUCUCUUCUAAAAAUCUCUCAAGGUGUCAUGUUAUGAGUAACAACCACUGCACUGUGUGUUCAGGAAAAUGUCAUUACAACAAACACGUCAAAGAGAACAAAAAGUAUGUGACCAAGACAGAGGCUACCAUUAUGACAUUUAAUGAGCUUCAACAGCAAUAUGAAGACCGAGAACAACAGCCUGAAAUCAGCUUUAACAAGAAAAUAUAUGAAAAUACUAAAAAGGAACACGAAGGAAUCAUGAAAGAGUCUGGGGGUAAAACAAAGAUAGAAGAAAAACUGAUAAGAGAUCUGGAGAGGAUGAAAACCGAAAAGUCCAAACUGCUGCAGGAAGCUUAUAUGAGCAUCAUAAGUCUGUGUAAGAUUGCAUUAAAAGCAGACAGCGCUUUCACUCUUCAGCAUCUGGAUUUCCUGAUUCCCAGACUGAAGGAGGAAGAGGGAAAAGAGGAAUGGGUGAAGAAGCUGGAGGAGCUGAAUAAAGCUGGAGAAGAGAAGAACAACAAAGGAGCUGUACAACACGUGAAGACUUUUAAUUAG